CCAAAAUCCUGUGAUCACAGGUUGUACGAAGCCACCGACCAUGUCCUCUCCCACUCUCAUCGAGACUCUUUCUCUCUCUGCCUCUGCGUUAUUAAGCUAAUCGCUAGCUAGGCGCCAGCGUCUCCUGAUCUCCAGGCGCCAUGCGGGUGCAGUGCGACGUCUGCGGCGGCGAGCCGGCCGCCGUGCUCUGCUGCGCCGACGAGACCGCGCUCUGUUCCGCCUGCGACCGCCGCGCCCACCGCACCAACAACAUCGCCGUUAAGCACCGCCGCCUUCAGCUCCUCAACCCCUCCGCCGCCAGCUCCGGUGACUCCACCGCCGCCACCGGGCCCCUCUGCGACGUCUGCAAGGAGCGGAGGGGGCUGGUGUUCUGCGUCGAGGACCGCGCCAUCCUGUGCGCCGACUGCGACGAGCCCAUCCACAGCGCCAACGACCACACCGCCAAGCACAGCCGCUUCCUCCUCGUCGGGGCCAAGAUAUCCACCGCGCUCGUCGACCAGGCGCCCACCUCCCCGGACUGUGGCAGCGCCGCUUGCGCGCAGGACUCCUCCACGUACAGGAGCUCGGUUCUUGAGUGCAGCAACAACAACAGCGGCAGCGAUGGAGGCGGCAGCAGCAUCUCGGACUAUCUCACCAACAUCUGCCCCGGCUGGCGCGUCGAUGACCUCCUCUUCGAUGGCGCGGCUUUCUCCGCCGCGGCGAAAGCCGGGUGCGACGAGCACGAGCAGGUGCCGUCCCUAGACGCGGACCUCUUCGACGUGGUCGCCGGGCGGCCGGGGGAGCGCAGCGCCUGGGCGGGCGCGCUGGGCCUCGAGGAGGUGCCGGCCGCCAUGGCAGCCCCGGCCGCAGCCAAGACUGGCAAGCAGCAGAGGGACAGGUACUGGAACAGCGACAGCGACGCGUUCGCGGUGCCGGAGAUCUUGCAGCCGCCGGCCAAGAAGGCGCGGCCGUCGUCGUCCUUCUGGUGCUUCUGAGCUGUAUCAGUCCGGCGAGCUAGCUCGAUCGAUCGCUUGUGUAAUCCACUACUACUAGUACGUGCAGAUUGUUGUUACAACUGCGGUUAAUGGCUUAGUGCUAAACUCCUAGUUAAUGUUGCUACAGUAAUGGCUUUGCUUAACCAUGGGAUACUGUAACCGUGUUGUAAACUGCCUGAUGUGUUUAUCGCCUCCUUUUUUCUAUCCAUCAUCGAUCAAUAAGGCAUCAUGGUUUGCUCUGCUUAA